CACUGCUGGUCUAGAUAAUCAGGGCCAGGUGUAUCUGCCGAAUUUCGGACAGUUCAUCAGGAUGACGUGGUCGUAUCUGUUGAGUGUCGGGGUCGCUGUCUGUGUAUGCUUGUGUUGGGGAGAGUCCUUGCAUGGGGACAGUAGUCAGUACCCACCCCGGGAGCUUCUCGACAGGCUAGCGUCAAAGGUGACACCAGGUGUUCAUCCGUUUGAUGAAGACAACGAUGGCGUCAACAGGAACAUCGUGUGCGACAUGUGCGAGGUCUACGUCACCUUCAUACAGCUCUGGUUCCAGAAGGGCAAGACCCAGGACGAAAUCGUGACCCUCGCCACCCAUCUCUGCAUCGACCUGAAGUCUGCGUCAGACAGAAUCUGCAGACUCGCCACUCGGGAGUUCAAGGAUGAGGUGCUGGGUGUGGUGGGCCAGCUUGCACUGUCGCCGACAGAGGUGUGCGGCAUCAUCAUGGGACCCUCCUGCGACAUCCCCUACAACCCCGACCAGUGGUGGAACGUCUCCCUGCCCUCAACACCUAAACCCCCAGUAGUACCUCCACGACCACCCGCUCCAUCUUCUCCCAAGUUGAGGAUGCUCCACCUGACCGACAUCCACAUCGACCUCAUGUACGAGGUGGGCUCCAACACCGACUGCGGGGAGCCCGUCUGCUGCCGCUCCAACGACGGCAAGCCAGCCCCGGGGGUGUCGGGCGCCGGCAGGUGGGGAGACUACAGAGAGUGUGACGUCUCCAUGAGCCUCGUCAACACCCUCUUCCAACAUCUCGCCACCAUAAAUGACCAGUUUGACUUUGUUAUCUUCACUGGAGAUAUCCCGGCGCAUGAUGUUUGGAACCAGACGCGCAGCCAACAGAUCGCCGCCACACGGAGACUGACGAAGUUGUUCCUCCAGCACCUGCCGGGCAAACAGGUGUACUUCUGUGUCGGCAACCAUGAGAGCGCACCUGUCAACAGUUUCCCUCCACCGGAAGUGACGGGCAACAACUCCAUCUCCUGGCUGUACACAGUGUUGGCGGAGUCGUGGGGUACGUGGCUCCCAGAAGAUGCCAGACAGACAAUUCUCAAAGGCGCCUACUACAGCGUCUCCCCCUACCCCGGGUUCCGCAUCGUCUCCAUCAACACCAACUACUGCAACCAGGGCAACUGGUGGCUCCUUCUCAACAGGACGGACCCAGCAGAUCAGCUGACAUGGCUCACCCACGUGCUGCAGGAGGCGGAGGACGCCGGGGAAAAGGUCUUCAUUCUCACCCACAUUCCCCCCGGUAAGGACAACUGUCUGAAGCCCUGGAGCUGGAACUACUACCGAAUAGUCAACAGGUACGAGAGCACCAUCAUGGCUCAGUUCUACGGACACACACACAAGGACCAGUUUGAGGUGUUCUAUGAUGACGUCAACUUCACUCGACCAACCAGCAUCGGCUACGUCAUGGGAGGCGUGACCACCCGCGGUGACAUGAACCCUAGUUACAGGAUUUAUACCAUGGACGGAAACUAUAAGACAAGUUCCUGGGCGGUACUGGACUUUGAAACUUACUACACUGACAUCGCGACUGCCAACAAAGGCGUGGCGGCACCUGUAUGGCAGCUCGAGUAUACAGCUAAGAGCGACUACAACAUGACGGGGCUGUACCCCCGAGACUGGAGCGACCUCAUCUACAGGAUGAGGGAUGACGACACGGUGUUCCAGAAGUUUUACAAGCUGUUUUACAAACUACGAGACAAUGGCCCUUGUACUGGUGACUGCAAAACCAAGAUGUUGUGCGAGCUGAAGACCGGGAGGUCACGCGACCCAUCCCUCUGCAGUGACCUUUAAUACCGGAAGCAGAUAGUAUGAUACAACGAAUAAAUAUUUUUUCGAC